AUUAUGACAUCGUUUUUGUUGUAAAACCAUGAAAAAACGAGCGAAAAUUGUAAAGAAGCUUACGAGUAUUUAUUUUUUUGAUUUCUAUUCUUACAAGAAGUGUUACUGAGACAAGCAUAACUUUAAUAUUGAAGUUAUUCAUGUGAUUGACCUUUAUAUUAUUUAUUUAAGUGAUGUAUCGUAUUUAGACUUGCUAUACGUGAAAAAACUUGUCAUGCCACCCAAGACUCGGACAAAUAAAGCUGGAAAAGCUUUAAAGGAGAACACAUGCGUAUUUAAUACUAAAAGGGUGCGAAAAUCGGAUAAAGUGAUAAAACCUCCUCGAAGGCCUUUAGCUGAUAAAACUAACUCUGCAUCGGACGACAAUGCUUCUAUACUCACUGCCGAAAAACAGCCUGUAAGUGUAAAAGUUACUUCAAUUAAAAGAUCACAAAGUAAAACUGAACUUAAUUCUGAGAGACCACGUCGAGAGAGACGACUACCUAAACGAUUUAAAGAAAAUAAUAUAUUGAGCAAUGUAUCAACAAAUGCCAUUUCCCAAUCAAACCAAGGCACCUUAGAAUUAAGUAAAACUUCCCCUAUUAGAAAGGCACCGAAUCAAGUUAAAAAGAUACCAGUUGUCGUAUUAUCUCCAUUGAAAACACCAAUCAGAGUACUUGAUACAAGUUUAUUUAAAAAUCGUCCAAAAAGAAUUUGUAGGCUACCCAGUAAAUUCGAUGAUCAUUCCAUUAGUCCGAACAAGUUUAUACCCGUCCAGCCUAUUAAUGCUAGUACUCCUUUAGCUAAUAAAACAAAACAAGUUACUAAAGUAUUAGCUAAGAAUACCACAAGUGUAAAGAAUAAAUCACCACUUAACCAAUCAAAUGAAACACAAAAACCGAAGACUUUAAAAGAUUUUUUUAAUAAAAAACCAACAGCAGACUCUAAUAACAAUGCAAAGAAUGCAAAGCAAAAGAGAGAAAAACCUCAACCUUCUCUGAAAAAAUCACCUCUUCUAUCAAAGACAAAACAAACCAGUCAUAAUACUGGUAAGAAUAACUCAUUGAGAAUUUUAGGAGAUAAUAAAAAAACACUCAAAAGAGAUUCUAGCAAACUUGAUAUUUAUGAAUUUACAUAUGAUCCCCAAGAAGAACCACCUCCAGCUAAGAAAAAAAAGAAAAAAACUGUUGCCAAGAAGCCAACAAAGCCCAAAAUUACCAUUAAAAGUAAUUAUGACAAGAAUUUAGCUAAAGCCCUUGCCACUUUAAAAAAUAAUGUUUCCUCAAAACCCUGCACUGUAACAUCAGUUGCACAAUUAAAUUCAACAAAACCCUGUGUUGAUCAUAACAAUCAAAUUAUCAUCAAUAACAUAGUGCCUAACACAGUCACAGAUACUGAAGAGAGUAUUGUUAAUGAGAAAAAUUAUAUUUCUGUUAGAGUAGAGGACAUUGCUAUGGAUAUGCAUCCUGAAGAUGAUUUUAAUCUUGAUUACUCACCCGUAAACUCGCCUGCACAACAAAUUCCUGCAGAGCCUAUUAAUAAAAAUGAAAGUGUCAAUGUACCUAAUGUCAAUGACCCCCUUAACUUACAAGAUGAUAUCAGUUUCUUUGAUGAACAACCUGCUGCAAGCAGUAGUAUGAAUGUAACAAUAAGACAUCCAUUAGCUAGCCCAUGGAGAGUGGAAUUUGGUAAUUUACCUAUAAAAUGGCAGGUAAACACUUAUGUUAAGCCCAAUAUGACACCGGCUGUGGAAAGCUCCUUUAUCAACUUCAAUGAUACAAAAAAGAAAUAUGUCUACACAGGUAUGGUGGCAGAAGCAAAUCAAUCACUGCCUGAAAUUGUUCCAAGUACUCCAAACUUGAGGCAAACUAGCAUUAUUUCUUUUAUUAAAGAAGUUGUAGAAAAGAGUGCAAAUAAGAAGAAAAAGUCCAAAUCAACAUCGGUGAAAGCCAAUUCCUUGUUUGAAGAUGUAACAAAUACAUCCAUAGCUACACCUAAUCAAAAGAAACAGCCUGUUGUGAAUGCUUUCGAAUUAUCAAAAGCAAAUAGCCUAACUCCCAAUAAAGAGAAUUCACUUGCCAAGAGUAAUAAUUCCAGUAGUACAUCUAAUGAAACAGAGAGUUCAGAUGUUCAAGACAAUGAUAAAAAUGCUGAGACUCCGAAAGACAAGAAAAAAAAGACAGAUAAAAAUCUAACAUACUUUGGUUUCAAUGAAAGUGAAGAUCAAGAGAAUAUUUCCCCUAAAAAGAAAAUUAAAGCUAGGUCUUUGAGAUCACGAACAAGGGGAAUUUUACAAGAACUAAAUACUCAAAAGGGUCCUAUGAGGGCAAUAAUACCAGUUGCCGCUAAAUCUAAGCCAAUUCAAAGUUCUGAUGUUGUAAAUAAAAUGUUUGAUACAAUGAAGUCGGCAACAGAACCACCAGUUUUUCCAGAAGUGGCUGUUGAUUGUAACAUUGAAAGCACUAAUGUAGUGGAGCCAGUUUUGCCUGAUAAUUUGGAGAAUGAAGACUCAGAAUCAGUACAUUUGUUUGAAGAUAUAGAAUUUAUACAUCACCAGAAGGCAAAUCGCAAAAGUUAUGGUAAAUCAAAGAAGGUUGCAUUUAACAAAUCAUCUACAAUGGAUAACAACAGUGAUCCCUUAUGUGAUAUUGACCAAGCUUCGAGUGAUGAAAAUUUGGAUGACCUGUCAUUUAGGUUACCAUCUAUGAAACCUAAGAAGGUUAUUAAAAAGAAGAAAACGAACAAACAGAAAUUGUCUAAGAAAGAGGAAAAAGAAGUUGAAGCCUGGGCAGCUGGUUUUAACUCAAUGUGUGAAGACAUUGAUGAGUUCGAUUUGGUAGUUGAAUAAGGAUAUUCAUUUGAAAUUAUUAUUAAGAUUAUGUUUGAUAAUUUUAUUAUUUGCAUUAAAUAUUUUGUUUAUUUCAUAGUGAAAGUGCAAUAAUGGCACAAGAUAGUUUGAAAUAGAAAUUCCCCUCAAAUUGAACCAUAGAGUCACUGGUGAUUUUUUUUAAAUAUAUAUAUUAAACAUAUUGGUGAAAAUAAGCAUUUUUUAGUCUGUGUCUGCCUGCUUGAACUUUGUCACUAUUUUCUGAUCCAGAGUAGGCAGGUUACCGAAUUGGAUUCCUGACUAGAAAAUAUAUUUUAAAAUAUAUUAUAUGAUGAAAUAUUAGAGUAUUUUUAAAUGAUAAUUUAUAAAAAUCACCAUAUGACGCAUUAUGUAAAGAAUGUAUAAACUUUGAAUCAAUGCUUAAUAAGUAAUAAAAACACAAAUGUAAAUUAAUAGUGCCUUAAAUUAUUGAUAUAUUUUAAAGUUGUCAUCUUACAUUUAAUCAAGAGAAUCAACUUAUGCAAUUAUGAAAA